AUUGAAUCAUUCCUCAGGUCAAACUUCGCUGCUGUGAACAAGGCGCAUAGCGUUCACGUUCACCGGACCAUGGCUUCAAAUUCAUCAAAUAUUGUCUUCGAUGAUAUUUUCACCAUCGAGGAUAUAGACAAGGAGGGGAAGAAGUUCGAUCGCGUUUCUCGCCUAUAUGCACGAUCUAAGAACUAUGAUAUGCACUUGACCCUGGACUACAAUGUUGAGCUGUUCCCGUUACAGAAGGAUCAAAGCUUCGCACUCGCUUUAGCCUCGUCCCUGGUUAGAGGAGGCGCACCUGCUGGAGGCGCUACUGAGGAAGAGGAAAAGGACAAGGAUGUAUGGAGACCGGAUGGGAAGGGCAGAAGAGGCUUAGAGGAGGACUAUGACUACGUGAUGUACGGCAAGGUGUACAAAUUUGACGGUGGAACGGCUGAGAUGGUUACCGCGUAUGCGUCCUUCGGUGGUCUCCUCAUGUCACUCUAUGGAUCUUUCCGGCACAUGACAAGUAUCGUCCUCGGCGACCCUGUAUACCUACUGAUGCGCAAAUAAUGCAUCGUUAUUCCCCGUAGUUCGCGUCAACGAUGCGCGAGCGAAGGCCAGAGAGGGAUUUUGGGGUCGAAAAUCCGUCAAUAUUUUCAAGACCACCUAGGCACGUGACACACUCGCGUCUCACCUGCCACUCACUGCCGGAUCGUGAAGUGCGAAAACGAUGGAGUGCUCAUCAUAGGCUGGGCGGCACUUUACGAAGCCAAGACGCGGGUACAUGGACGGUAUGGAAGCCAGAUGUAGCUUGCUUGCCCGGAUUCUGACUGGUGGAUGCUGACGCGUGCAUGGGCUGGACCGUGGCUCGGAUUGCAGGGAAAGGGACAUUGGGGCACUUGUAUUGAUCACUCGUAAGGUAAUACAUGGAAAGUUAAUCAGUGAUGCGGUCAGGCCUUUGUACGGGUAGAACUAGUGGAAGAACCGUGUAGAGUAUCCAGCACAUCAUUGUCCUCCGUUACCAUC